CUACAAAAACCCCCCAAAGCCCCAAAAGCGCCCUCCCCAUCUCCCUCCCCUGCUCAUCCUCUAUCUGAGGCAUUUCCACAAACACCUUCUCCCUGCAUCCAUGGCUAGACCUCAGCAGCGAUACAGAGGAGUCAGACAAAGGCACUGGGGCUCUUGGGUCUCCGAAAUACGCCACCCAAUAUUGAAGACUAGAAUUUGGCUGGGAACGUUCGAGACGGCGGAGGACGCAGCCCGGGCCUACGACGAGGCGGCGAGGCUAAUGUGCGGCCCCAGGGCGCGCACCAACUUCCCUUUCAACCCCAACGCGUCGCAGUCGCCGUCGUCGAAGCUGCUCUCGGCGACGUUGACCGCGAAGCUGCACAAGUGUUACAUGGCCUCGCUUCAAAUGACGAAACAGUCGAUGCAAGCGCCCGAAAGAGCCGCAACUCCGCAAGCAAGCGGCAUUGUAGGGCAUGGCGUCGAAAUGGGCGCUGCAUGGCCAGUGGUGGCACCACAGCAAGCUGAGAGUAGCCCACAAUUCAAGCCACUUGAAGAUUGCCACAUUGAGCAGAUGAUCGAAGAGUUGCUUGAUUAUGGGUCCAUUGAACUUUGCUCUGUUGUUCCAUCUCAUCAGGCUAUGUGAUCUACCUCUCUCUCUCUCUCUCUCACUUUCUGUUGGUUUAGCUAUAUGAUAAUUUUUACCCCUCUGUGAGUCAGUGGAGAUCAAUUCUCACUCACGAAGCUAGAAUUCCAGACCUCACGCUCACAGACGUUACCCCCUACCACUAUAUUAAAAGUGGCUCUCAUUUGGCUAAUCUUUAACCCAUUUUUCUCUUCAGCCUUAUUACAAGAACCCUUUUUUAAGUGUAUUAGAUCCUCUCCCAGUUCCUAGAAUUGCCAUUCUAAGUGACCCAUUUGAGGAUAUCAUCAUCAUGUAUGUACAGUGUAUUAUGUUAUGAUAUGAUGCCAUUCUAUGA